AUGUUAUCUUCUAUUUGUCGCUUUGGUCAUUCUAUGCGUCGCCAUGAAAGAGAAAUUAAAGAUAUUGAUCAAAUCAAGAAAUUCCUCAAAGAACAGCCUUAUGGAGUUUUAUCAAUGAGCGAUAAUAAUGUUCCAUAUGGAGUUCCGUUAUGUUACGGUUUCACAUGGGAUAAAAACCAAAAGUAUCCAACAUUUUACUUCCAUGGAGCUACUACAGGCAGAAAAAUCGCAACGAUUAACAAUAAUCCACUUGGAUGCCUUUCAAUCUCAAAACCACUCCAACUCUCUUACACACCUGGUAAGCUAGUAUGCACGGCAACAAUGUUCUACGAGUCUGUAAUCGCAGAAGGAAAAGUUGAAAUUGUUACUCACAAAGAAGAAAUAAAAGCCGCUUUAGACACACUUCUCCAACAAUUUGAUGUUCCUCUAGGCAAGUACGCAGGGGCAUCAUUAAAGAGAACCGCGAUUAUUAAACUUGUCACUGACAGUCUUACAAUGAAGAGUAAUGCUAUCAAGGGCAAAGCAUAA